ACCUAGUAGGGCCUGUUUGUUUCACCGGAUUGGACAGGAUUGUGUCCCAAUCCGGUGUUUGAAAGGAACAAACGAAGAAGCGGAUAAGUUAACCGCUACAGUAAAAUAAUCCCCCGAGAGGAGGAUUAAGCUGACCUGUCCUUCCCCCUGGGUCAAAUUUCUGUCCGGAGCUGAUCGAAGGCGUUGCUGGUGUCUCUCGAGUGCCUCUGCCCAGAUCAAGCGUGCCUCUGCCCAGAUCAAGCUCUGAAUAUGAUUCUGCAGAAAACUGUUGAUAAUCUUUUCUGUACGACUACCAAAAGGUGAGUCAGCUGAAGUGUUUUUUGACAUAAAAUUUUCAUGGACUGAACCUGUAGUGUUAUUUCCAUGUCCAAGCAUGCCCUGUGAUGUGUCGUCUGUUUGUUUUGUUGCCAACUGCAUGAUACUUCCCAUUGGGUUUUGGGUUGAGGAAGCAUUUAUUAUAUUCAUACCACCUUGCAAAGAACUUGAAAUGGCACCUUGGUCGAUGGGUAAAUUGGGUUUUCUUUUUUGUUUUUCCUUUAUUUAUUUUUUUUUCUCCUUUCCCUUUUUGGGUCAAACAAACUAUGCCAUCAUCAUUUCCUCUCCAGCUAAUUUUAUCCAUCGUCAAUUACAAAAUAUUUUGCUAGCUUUCCUUCAAUAAAAACAACAAAUUGGCUUUUAUGGUUCAAAGAGGGUGAGUUAGAAAGUAUUAUUCCUUCCCUCGAUAAAAAAGCAAGUUACUUUAUGGAGAACAAUAAUGUCUUAUGUAAACUUUAAAAAAGUAUAUAUAAAAUAUUAUUCAAUUAUAAAUAUUUCUUUAAAUUUUCCACAUUCUUUUUGUCCCAAACCACUGUACAUAUGCCAAAACUCCUAUCAACGAUUAUAGAAUAUUACUAAUUAUCUAAAUAUAAAAUUUAAAAUAUUAGUUAUAAAUUUUAAAUCAUUAUUCGAUGGCCCAGUUAUUUGUUUCUAGUAAUCUUUUCAAGUAUACUUGUAUCCAACUGGUGGAUGGGCUUGUGGACAGAAAUAUUUGUUUUUUCAAAAAAUUUUUCAAGUAUACUUGUAUCCAAGAUAUAUUUUUGUAAAUUAUAAUUUUUUUGUACAUUAAAAUGUUAUGUUUGUUUUGUUUUUAUUUUUUAUUUUUUUCUUUUUUGUAGUGAAUAUGGAUCGAAGAAGAUUAGCUGCAUUAUUGAUGCUUCCAAAUGAUAAGGCAUUUGAAUAUUUUUGUACAUGCUUUAUAGUUGUCGGGUUUAUGUACAUGUAUGUAGCAAUGCGAUUGAGAAAUGAUAGAGGUGUUAGGAAUCGAAUAAAUAGGACUGCAGAGUUGCGUUCGUCUUUUGUAACUAGUUUGUUGGACAAUGAUGUUAACUGUAUUAGUCAACUUAGGAUGGAUAGGAGAACAUUUGGUAUUUUAUGUCAGUUAUUACGCCAUGAUGGAUAUGUUAAAAGAGAUGGUACUGUUACAUUGGAAGAGCAAGUGUGCAUAUUUUUGCAUAUAAUUGCUCAUCAUACAAAAAACCGUACAAUUAUCACUAGAUUCAAUAGAUCGGGGGAAACAGUUAGUAGAUAUUUCAAUUCAGUGUUGAAUGGAGUGUUACGUUUACAUGGGACAUUGUUGAGGCAUCCUGAACCUGUGUCAGAUAAUUGUUCGGAUGAUAGAUGGAAAAUAUUUAAGAAUUGUUUGGGAGCAUUAGAUGGAACUUAUAUUAAGGUUAAUGUACCCGAAAUCGAUAAGCCGAGAUAUCGAACCAGGAAGGGUGAGAUAGCCACAAAUGUCUUAGGUGUAUGUAACCCAAAUAUGGAAUUUAUAUUUGUAUUACCUGGUUGGGAAGGUUCCGCUUCAGACUCAAGAGUACUUCGAGAUGCAUUAAGUAGGCCAAAUGGAUUAAAAGUACCCACCGGUUAUUAUUAUUUAGUGGAUGCUGGUUACACUAAUGGUGAAGGAUUUCUUGCACCAUAUAGGGGAACAAGAUAUCACCUUUCCGAAUGGAGAGAUGGUUGUGCACCUGCAAAUCAUGAAGAGUAUUUCAAUAUGAAGCAUGCAUCUGCUAGAAAUAUAAUAGAAAGAUGUUUUGGGGUUCUAAAAAUGCGAUGGGCAAUUUUAAGGAGUCCAUCGUUCUAUCCAAUUUCAACCCAAAUUAAGAUAAUUACUGCAUGUUGUUUGAUACAUAAUCUUAUUAGGAGAGAAAUGGCACUUGAUCCUGGAGAAGCUGAGUUUGAUAUGAGUAACGAUGCUGACAUAAGUGGGGAUGAAGAUAUUAUAGGAUCAAUUGGUUCUUCGGAUCAAUGGACUAAUUGGAGAAAUGAGUUAGCUAGGCAAAUGUUUGAUGAGUGGAGAAGUCGUCGUGGUUAAUAGUUGAUUGUUAUGAUUUAUAUAAUUUUCUAACUGUUUAAUUUUAUAGUGUUUGUUACAUCUUUUGUAUGAAGACUGAAUUAUAUUAAAUAUAACAUAUGAGAAUUUUAUUAUUUGUUAUUAAAUUCAUAUUUUUUAUGGUAUUUUUGGAAUCAUGGAAU